GGUGCAGCAGCAUCCAUGGAGCGAAGGGCAGUGCAGGCUUGGAGAACUCCAAUUCCCGAAAGCCCCGGUGCUGUGUGCGCAGUGAGGGAAAGUACGCCUCUCUACUCGUCACCGUGCUCGUCAAUCAAAGGCAAACGAACAGGGGAAACAGGGUCAAAUGACCCAUGCAGGUCGCUUGGUGCUAGGCUGACGAUGUGGAGAUUGGCAACAUGCACGGUCCUGCUCUUCGUGCAGCGUGUGGUGGUUGGGAUGCCCUGGACGCUGGUGGCGGUCACCACCUGCGCGUUUUACCUCGCAUCGGGAGGUCACAAAUUCGUCGAGAUCUUCAUCAAGACCAUCCGCCGGGAUGUACAUGCCGCUGGUGUCCUCCUCAAAGUCAAGCUCAAUGUUAAACGGAACUUGAAAUUGAACAACACAGUCCCAAAGAUCUUCCAUGAAGUUGUGCAGAGGCACCCGGAUAAGACGGCGCUUAUAUUCGAGGCGACGGGUGCCGCUUGGAGUUUCCGGUACCUGGACGAAUACUCGAACAGAGUCGCCAACUUUUUUUAUGAGCAGGGCUACCGCACUGGUGAUGUGGUGGCCGUUUUCAUGGAGAGCAGGAACGAGUACGUGGGACUAUGGUUAGGUUUGGCCAAAGUUGGAGUGGAGUCAGCACUGAUUAACUUCAACUUGCGGAUGGACGCUCUAACUCACUGUAUCACCAUCUCCAAGGCCAAGGCCAUUAUAUUCGGCAGCGAGCUGAACGAUGCCCUGAAGGAGAUCCAUCAAACCCUGGGGAAAUCCAUGCAGUUGUACUGUUCCGGAGAAUGGACCUUUGGCGAGUUGCCUGCAGGCACUGUGAAUCUCGACCAUUUACUGGAAGCCUCUCCAUCACAUCAGCCUCCCCUUCUCCAGAACCGAGGAUUCACAGAUCGACUGUUCUACAUUUAUACUUCAGGAACAACGGGAAUGCCGAAGGCAGCCAUUGUUGUCCAUAGCAGGUACUACCGGAUGGCAGCUUUGGUUUACUAUGGUUACCGGAUGUGCGCCGAUGACAUUGUCUAUGACUGUUUGCCUCUCUAUCACUCUGCAGGGAAUAUUGUGGGGAUAGGUCAAUGCCUUUUACAUGGACUGACUGUUGUAAUCAGGAAAAAAUUCUCUGCCUCUCGCUUUUGGGAUGACUGCAUCAAGUACAGGUGCACGAUUAUCCAGUAUAUUGGGGAGAUUUGCCGCUACCUCCUCAGCCAGCCCCAGCGCAGCGUCGAGAGGGAGCACUGUGUCCGCAUGGCCCUGGGAAACGGCCUGCGCCCAUCCAUCUGGGAGGACUUCACCUCCCGCUUCCAGAUCCCGCAGAUAGCCGAGUUUUACGGGGCCACGGAAUGCAACUGCAGCCUGGGCAACUUUGACAACAAGAUUGGCGCGUGUGGAUUUAAUAGCCGCAUUCUUCCGUUUGUCUACCCGAUUCGAUUGGUUAAGGUGGAUGAGGACACGAUGGAGUUGAUUCGGAAUUCCAAAGGUGUCUGCAUUCCCUGUCAACCAGGGGAGCCGGGGCAGCUGGUGGGGCGUAUUGUCCAAAAUGACCCCCUCCGGAGGUUUGAUGGAUAUGUAAACAAUUCAGCGACAACGCAUAAGAUCGCAAACGAUGUGUUCAAGAAAGGAGACAUGGCCUAUCUUUCAGGUGAUGUCUUGGUGAUGGAUGACUAUGGCUACAUGUAUUUCCGGGACCGUACUGGGGACACUUUCCGUUGGAAAGGUGAGAACGUGUCGACCACAGAGGUUGAGGGAAUUCUAAGUCGCUAUCUCAGCAUGGCCGAUGUUGUUGUCUACGGAGUAGAGGUGCCAGGCGCGGAAGGUAAAGCUGGGAUGGCUGCCAUAUCAGACACCAGUGGUUGGAUAGACUUGGAGAAGUUCUACGUGGACCUUGAGAUGGCUUUGCCACCGUACGCACGGCCUGUGUUCCUGCGGUUGCUGCCGGUAGUGAGCAAGACGGGGACCUACAAGUUCCAAAAAACAGAGAUGAGAAAGGAAGGAUUUGACCCAAGAUUCAUCAAGGACAGACUUUAUCUCCUGGAUCAACGACAGCAGAAAUAUGUUUCACUGGAGGAAGACCUCUUUAAAAAGAUCCAAUCGGGAAUAAUGAAGCUAUGAUUAAAACUAUAUCUAUAAAUAUACUGUUACCUCAUCGUUACUCUUGUCAGUAUCCACAACAAGCAGAAGGGAUAAUUUGUUCCACUUCAGUUACUUGACCAGACUUGCAUGUACAGGAACUUUACAGAAAUUUUUGUUAUUUUUCUUUAUCUAAGUUUAUUACAGAUUUGCUAGUAAUUUAUGAAGAGAGAUUAUUACAAUUUUGCACAAGAAAAAUUAUAAUUAAUUUUUAUUGCCUGUACUGUUUUGGGUCUUAUUUUUUAAGUGGGAUAAAGCUUUCUCUUUGUUCAUUUCUUGAGAACCUGCGAACAUCCUCGAGUGUGUUGAGAAUGUAAUUAAACAGGAUUCAAUAAG